UUGACGCAGCGGGGGAGUCCAAUGGAAGCCUUCGUCGCAACCCGGAGGAAACAAUCGAGUGCGAUUUAGCUUAAAAAUAAUAGCAGAUAUCAGAAUAUAGUGUUAUAAAUUAUAUAUUUCCCAAUCAGUCAGGGCGUGCCGUUCUCGCCGUUGUGUUUGAAACUCGCUGAUUCGCCGUCAACGACGUGUGUUCGGCCUUGUUUAUACUGUGCAGGGCAGCUUGAAUCAGGGGAGCAGGCCCGGUCCUGUGCGAGUUCAACGGCCGCUUCGGGUCUGGAGAGUGUUUUGUGCGGAUCGGCCCUUUAGCUCACCAAAGAAUAUGACCCAGAUGCAACAAUGACAUCCAGAUUUGGUAAAACCUACAGCCGCAAGGGAGGAGAAGGCACGUCCAAGUUCGACGAGGUUCUGUCCACCAAGAGAGGCACCCUUAGUACCAAAUGGGGUGACACCAAAUACAAAGCCAAGGUAGGCUCCAAGCGUGCCGGCGCACCCAAGAAUGAUUCUGUCCUGGAGGUGUACAAGCGACCCCGUCCGUGUGGAGAUGGCUUGGAGGAUCCGUUUGGAUUUGACAGUGAUGAGGAAUCCAAGCCGGUGACGUCUCGCAGCGGCAGCAAGUCAUCACCCGCCAAGCCGACCUAUGCGGAGCCUCCACAGGCGCAAAGGCCUGGCGUUUCUCUGGACAUGGGGAGCAGGUCCAGCCUACAGGGGGCAUCUCACACUCUGACGUCCUCACGAGGGGCGUCGUGGCUGCCUAAUGACAGGAGCCAGCCCAGGUUGGUGGAGGACACAGCUCGGUUCUUCAACAGCAGCAGUGCUAUCACAGGGAAGUCCCAGCAGAGCUCUGCGUUGUCAGAGAACCAGCACAGCUACUCGUGGUACCAAAAUGCUUCUGAGAGUGAUAAGAAGCCCCUGGCGCAGACCACCGCCCUGAAGACAGGGUCCAAGGCAGAGUCCACCUACGACUCCUGGGAUGCCAUCAUGGGUCUCCGUCCGCCCUCACCCGACCAGGAACCUCGUAACCCCGCCCCCACGCUCUCUUGGGCUUCAGCCGGCAGCACCGUGGGCAGCUCUGAACUAGGGCAGAUCCGGCACGAGAAGCCCCCCUCUCCCCCACGGCUCCAGAGCCCCAGCGAGAGCGAGGACCUGGGAGGUGACACGGACUUCCUUGUGGAGACGUUGGACUACUCUCAGACCUCCUCCUCCUCCUCAUCACUUGUAAGAAACUGUCGGACAUACAGGAGGCCUAACAAACAGGGCUCCGGCAAAGCCUCGGACUCAAGCGGCUUUGCCAGCGCUGUUUCUGCCACAGACGUUCCCAAAUCCACCUCUGACGGCAGUAAUAAGACGACAGGUGGAGGAGGGGGGCGGGGGCGGGGCAGGACGAGGGACUUCACGGUGCUGCAUCCCUCUUCAGUGUCGAUGUGUAACGUCACCAUCCAGGACCGAGGCGUGGAGGAGUUUAGUUCUGAUGCAGCACCCUCUAGUGGCAGCAGUAGUGCAGGUUCUGGCAGCACCACAGAGCUGGGAGAGGCAGGAUGGCAACGGAAGAAGACAGAACAACAAAACACGAGGUAGAACAAC